AUGCGCUCGGUCGCCUGCAUCCAGUUGUGCCUUCUGCUGCUUGGCGUGCCUCACCUCGAUGCCCUGCAGGCCGACUCGGCGCUCGAGAAGUCCAAGCCGACGUCUGACCUGAAGAAGGCCGCGUCGCACGCGAAGCACAGCGCCGAAUCCGGGCAUAAGUCUGGGGUCCUGAGCCACCACAACUCGUCCGCGAAGCCGGCGAAGCUGCAGACGAGCAAGGCCGCGGGCCAGCACAAGGCCAGCGCCACGGGGGCGGCGAAGCACACGCACGUCCAGCAGCACAAGAUGAAGGCGGAGGCCGCCGACCACAAGGCCAAGUCCGCCUCGCUCCACAAGCACGCGCAGCACGGCGGGGCGAAGGCGGGGGCCACCGCCGAGUCGAAGCUCCAGCUGCACGCCAAGGGCCACGCGACGGCCCAGCACAAGGCCAAGGCCAGGGCCAAGGGCGAGCACGCGUCGAAGGCCGAGGGCAAGGUCGAGCAUGCCUCCAAGGCCCACGCCGCGUCGAAGAGCAAGCACGCGGCGAAGGCGGAGGGCAAGGGGCAGCACAAGGCCAGGGGCCAGGCGCAGAGGGCGUAG